GUUUUGGCGAGGACCCGCGGGCCUCUGCUCCAUUAAAAAAGAACCGAGCUUCCUCUUUUUACCGUCGUCGACGGCCGUUCUCCUCCUCCGAUCAAGUGACACUUUCUCUCUUCUUUUCCUCAGCUCCGACGCCGGCGCCGGUUUUUGUGUGUACUGCCCCCGAAAUCCGGCGAGUUGUUCCUACUACGUAGAUUCUUUACCCCGUUGUCUCAUCCUGGUAACUCUUCUUAGUUUAAUGCUCUAGUCGAAUUGAAAUUGUGUGAAUUUCUCUAAUGAUUCAUUCUCAAAGUCAUCUUUUCGUUAAGAAUAAUUUCUUUCUGCGGAUAUUGCAUUUGUGGAGUGUUUCUGGACGCAGGCCCUGCUAUUGAUGAUUGUUUGGUGCAUGAUACAUUGAUCUUUGUCUAAAGGGAUUUUGCUAUAUCUUGAUUUUGACCAAAAGCGUCCAAUUUCAAUCCUCCGUUAUACGAGAGAAGGAAGACAAAAUGCCGCAAGUGAAAAUUGUCGCCAAGAAUUUUAUGGAUAUGGUGGCCUCGUUGCCAGCCUUGAAGCUUGACAAGCUAUUCCAAAAUGCCUUCAUCUGUGAAGCUAUCCUCAGAUCGCUGCCUCCAUUGGCCAAGAAGUAUGUGUUACAUCUACUUUACAUAGAUGUCGCAGUACCAGGAAAGUCACUGGACGACUGGGUUCUUACAGAUGGACUUUCAAAGCAUAAAGUUGCAAUCGAUAGGCUUAUCCAAUUGAGAGUUUUUACCGAAACUUUUGACAGGAAGAAAGAAGUUAGUUAUAGACUGAACCCCACAUUUCAGCUAAAUAUCCAAAAGCACAUUAAGCACGGAGGAAUUUUGCCUAGACAGCCAUUGUCUUCCAGUGGUUCUCUGCGGCUUCCAAGCUUGGAGGAGUUGGAUGCCUAUGCCGCUAACCAAUGGGAGUGUUUUUUACUGCAUCUCAUAAGCUCCAGUGAAGCUGAAAAGUCGACAAACUUUAGCUCUUCCAUGAUGAAAAUCUUCCAGCGUGGUCUCUUGAGCCAAAGAGAUGAGAAAGAACCUCCAAGAUUGACGGAAGGUGGUUUUCAGUUCCUGCUGAUGGAUACAAAUGCACAAUUAUGGUACAUCAUCAGGGAAUAUAUCACCAACUCAGAGGAGCACGGGCUGGACUCAGCAGAUCUUAUAUCCUUUCUUCUGGAGCUAAGUUUUCAUGCUACUGGAGAGGCAUACAGUUUGAACACAUUGAAUGAUAUACAACAGACCAUUAUUAGGGAUCUAGCUGAUUUGGGUCUGGUGAAGUUACAAAAGGGAAUGAGGGAGAGUUGGUUUAUCCCCACAAAGUUAGCUACCAAUCUAUCAAUCAGUUUAUCAGAUACAUCUUCAAGAAAGCAGGGAUUUGUUGUUAUAGAGACAAAUUUCAGAAUGUACGCCUAUUCAACUUCAAAAUUGCACAGUGAGAUAUUACGCCUCUUUUCAAGGGUUGAAUACCAGCUACCUAAUUUGAUUGUGGGAGCAAUUACAAGAGAAAGUUUGUAUAAAGCUUUUCAAAAUGGUAUAACUGCAGAGCAGAUCAUUUCUUUCCUUCAGCAGAAUGCGCACCCUCGAGUUGCUCAGAGAAUACCUUCUGUUCCUGAGAAUGUCACUGAUCAGAUAAGAUUGUGGGAAUCAGAUCUCAAUAGGGUUGAGACUACUCCUGCUCAUUUUUUCGACGAGUUUCCUUCAAGAGAUGUUUUCGAGGCUGCCUGUGAUUUUGCAAGAGAAUGUGGUUGUUUACUCUGGGAGAACUCUAAAAAGAUGUGGCUUGUUACUAAGUUCGAAAGUUUCCCCCAAAUGAAGGAGUUUCUUCGUCGUCAUAAGCAAUAGCCAUCUUACAAAUGAAUGUGGAUUUCGCUCAAUACCAAUGAUUUUCAUCAGGUUCUACAAGUUGGCACAAAUUAAACAGAUUAUGAAUCCUAAAGUCGAAGUUGAUCCUUGCAUUGUGGUUGAGAUUUGAGAACUUCCGUCGUCACCUUUUGGAUCACUGACGACAAAAGCUGUGCGCCAACUGUUCAAGGAUGAUAACGUCAACAGUAGAGUACCAGGUUUGAAACUCAUUGUCAACCUUUUUACGGAGUAGGAUGGCAAGAGAACUUCCAUUUUGCAAAAUUUUAACAGUUUCUCGCCUGGAACAUCAUCCAAUGAUAUACAAAGUUUGCUAUAUGCUCACAAACGAAUGUGCAAGUCUUCUCUUUGUUAUACAUGUUGAGUUCUAGCUUCCACGAUUCACUGUGAUACAAUAUGACCUAAAUCAGAUAAAAUCAGCAUUUUCCUCUUUCUCUAUUUAGACCUUUUUUCCCUAGGUAAAGUAACCAAUGAUAAAGUGGAAGAAAAAUUCAAAAUCAUUGGAUCAACAGGCACUUCAAUUUCACUGUUGGGUGGGGGGUGAAGGAAAAAUAGUCCGCUCUUUGGAAAGACAUCAGAAGUGAUGUAAUGAUAUUAUAAUACACCCCAACAUCCACAAACAUUGCGGAAAAAGAUUGUAAAAAGUCUCAUAAAAGGAGGUUUCUAUUGUUCCCUCGAGGGACAUCUGAUAAAAAUGGAAGGAUACAGAUAAAUGUGUCUUCUGUCAGAAAAUGUGAGAAUACAUGAAAAGGUUUGUCAUUAUGUACAACGACGCCUAUUUAGGGUCGUUUUCUCACUAUAAAAAACUUUAAAACAGUAUGAAUUCAUCCAAUGUACAAAUAUCAAAAUAAAACAUAUUUUGAGCCAUGCAUGCAUCCUCUAAUUGCUCUGUCUUUCUUCAUUCACCAUAGCUACCUCUGUUUCCAUCUCAUCUGAAGAACCAGCAGCAGGAGGAUGGUUUUCUGCAUCCUCUUUCUCAACCACUGAAAUAUCAGCAACGUGGUCUACUACUUUUGUUACUUCUUCUUCCGUGUCCGAAUUAUUAUUCGAAAUUUCGCCAGAUUUUGAGGUCUGUUUCACCACCUGUGAUUUGGACGAUGGCCCUUGUUUGUUUCGGACGACAUUCUGCUUCUGAUGAUGAUGAUCGUGACGGCUCUGGGUAUUGUUGUGUUUACUUGAUGCUGAACCAGUGACGUAUUUGGUUUUGGUGGCAGUAGUAGGAGUAGUUUUCGCAUCUUUGCAAGAUCCAAAGCUAUGUCGUUUAUCAUUUUCGCAACCUCCUUUUUCUUCUGUGAAUGAUGCUUUGGUUGCCUUGUUGGAUGCAUCAUUGCAGCUCUUUCUUCGAGUUAGGUUUGGUGAUUUUGCGCGCGUGACUGGUAACUGAACUUGAUUACAGCAUAAAUUAAUCACCCUUUUAGUUAAGAGAAAAUGACAUUAAAAAAAUCCACAAGUAUAGAUUUAUGAAUGUGUAAUUAGAACUACCUUCUUAAGUUCAGUUUUUGGAGGAGGACCUUCACGGUAGAAGCUAGGGACUGGAUUUGCUUUCACCACCAAGCUCUUCCUCAGCUGCUUCAGUGCUGCCUCUUCUUCUUCCUGUUCAUUUUUUGUUCGGGAGGUGGAAAAGACAAAUGUAUAACAAUGAACCAGCUUAUGCUAAAUGUGAUACUCCUUCCGUUUCAAAAUUAU